AUGAAUCAAUCAAAUAGUAAUAUCGACGACAGUGAUAUUAUUAAAGACAAUACCGAGAAUAUUAAAGAUAACGAAAAUCUUAAAAAUAAUAAUGUGAUUAAACUUCGAGACCCAGGAAGUACACUCUUUAAAAUAAAGGGAAGUAGAUUGAAUCACUGCCAACAGCAGCAACGUUCAAACCAGCACCGUCAGACCUGGUUAGACAUUUUUGAUCAAUUGAAUGAAUUAUUAUUACACAUAUUUUCAUUUUUACCUGUUCCAACUUUAAUAAAUAAUUGUCGUUUAGUAUCUAGAUUUUGGUAUCGUGUUGUUAACAUACCACCAAAAAUUAUUGCUUACAUCAAUUCACUUAAAAAAGCUAAAAUUUAUAUUCUUAUGGAAAGUACAAUAUGUGAUUAUAGCACUAGCGUUAGUAUUGUGGGGGCAUACGCUAAUAAAACUAGAGCAACAAAUCAAUUGAUUCGUAAUCACAUUGAUGGAGUUAUUGGUCAUGCAUAUGAAUAUAGUCCUGAUGGUUAUUAUACAUGUGAUCUUAAUGAUGAUCAUAAAGUUAGAUCAACUGGAAGAAAAGAUAAAGAAGGGUUGGUUUGGGAAUUGAAGGGUGUUACAUUAGAUACAGAAGUUGAAGUUGUAGAAGAAAAAGAUUACGAGGAUGAGGAUUACGAAUAUUUCAGUGCAUCAAAAAAGAAUUAA